AUGAAACCUUCAGUUGUUGUUUCCUUUGAUGAAAUUGGAAAAUCAGAAGAGGAAGAAGACGUUGGAUUAGAGAUUCCAGUCAAACCAUCAGAACGUGUGAACGGGACCAAAGAAGAGGAUGCUUCAGAAGUUGUCUUGGAUGCUUCAAUAGACUUAGAAGACGCUUCUGAAGACGUGACCCGUGACGUCAUAACCUUUGUUGUCAUAGCUUCAGUAGACGUCUUCAAAUUAUCAGUAGAAUGCAAAGAUAUUCUUGUCGUCCUGGCUUCAAAAGUAGUUUUUGAAGUUGUAGUUCUAGAAGACGUAGUAAAUGCUCUACGAAACUUAGAAGUUGUUUUUGACGCUUUUGAAGACGUGAUACGUGACGUUAUAAAUUCUGAUAAAGAUAUUCUGGUUGUCCUGGUUUCAGGAGUCGUUAUUAAAGUCGUGCUUUUAGAUUUAGUCGGAAGGGUUACUGUAGAUCUUUUCGUUGGUUUUGGAGUUGUUGUUUUAGUCCACGAAGAUACCGUAGCCGUCCUAGCUUCAGAAGUUGUUUUUAAAGUCGUAGUUUUAGAAGUAGUCGGAAGGGUUACUGUAGAUGUUGUUGUCGUUAUUUUUGGAGUUGUAGUUUUAGUCCGUCCACAAAUUCCACUCUAUUCACAGAUAUCGGGUGCUAGCCAUUGA